UUUUUCUCUCUUUCUCUAUUCGUCGUUGUUAAAGUUGGGGAUUUCUGGGAUUAUUACAUCACCACUAGCAACAACAGAAGCAUCCCAGGUCCGAUCAGAUCCAUUCAAAUCUCUUCUCUCUUCUCCAUUUCUUAUCUCUUUUUCUUAAUUUUUUCCUCCAUUUUUGUUUCCCCAUUACUCUCUGAGUUUCUAGGUUUUCCCCUUUUCAACCCUCUCUUUGUAUUUUCCGGUUUGAUUCUCCGCCCAAUUCGGAGUUUUUUUCUUUUCUGGGUUUGGGAUUCUCUUUGAUCCCUAGGGUUUCACUGCCUUUUGGGUUUGUGUCUUUGUGUUGUUUUUGGAAUUGGGUGUGUUUUAUUUUUUUAAUUUUUGGUUUAUAGCGGCACUGGUACUUGAAAUGUGUGGGAUCGUGACUUAGGGUUCGUGUUCGCACCUUGCCUUUGCGUCCAAGUGUAUGACGAUUUGGUGCUGCUUAUGCUUCACCGUUGGAGAAGAAGACGAAAGGGAAGAACUGAAAGGUGAGAUGAAGCCCAUGCGUGAGGAUGAUUUUGAGAACCCGGAUGACCCUGAUCACAUUGUGGGAAAUGGCGGGGAUUUUGAAGGGGGUGAUCGGGUUGCGAUUGCUGUGGAUGGGUCUGAGCGUCAUGAUGGUGAUCGACUGAGGUUGUUUGAGGAUAUGGUUAGGGCAAUGCACGACGGCGGGGAUGCUGGGGCUCAAUGGGACGAUGGGCUGCGCGGCGGUGCGGGUAUCAACCCUUGGAAUUUGUCUUUUGGAAUUAAGCAUCAGUCCGAGGGGGGAGAGAGUAGUAGCGCCUCGGCUUUGGCCUUGCCAUCUGCGGCUGCUACAGUCGAGACUUCUAAUGAAGAGCGCGAUCGCGAUGCCCACCACAAGCGCGCCAAAGUUCACUCCAAAUUCAAUGAGUGCGCCUUUUCAACUCCUUGGCCUUUGGGCGCUGGAAAUCCUGCGAGAGAUUAUGAUUUUUGUCACGGAUCAUCUUCAAUUAUGACUAGGAAUGAGUUUUUCUACCAUGCUUCUACAUCAAACAGAGUUGAUGAUGGCGACGAUUUUGAUUCUAGUUUUGCUAAAGAUGAUGAGAUAAAUGAGAAUGAUGCCUGUAAAUCAGAGGAAUUUGAAGUACGGAUGGAUCUUACAGAUGAUUUACUGCAUAUGGUUUUCUCUUUCUUGGAUCACAUCAAUCUUUGUCGAGCUGCUAUAGUCUGCAGGCAGUGGCGAGCUGCUAGUGCUCAUGAAGAUUUCUGGAGGUGUUUGAACUUUGAAAAUAGGAAAAUAUCCAUGGAACAAUUUGAGGAUAUGUGUGGAAGAUAUCCAAAUGCCACAGAGGUAAAUAUAUCUGGUGUUCCUGCCGUUCACUUGCUUGCUAUGAAAGCAGUUUAUUCUUUAAGAAAUUUGGAGGUUUUAACUUUGGGGAAAGGACAACUGGGCGACACCUUUUUUCACGCCUUGGCAGAUUGCCAUUUUCUGAAGAGCCUGACGGUCAAUGAUUCUACGCUAGUUAAUGUUACACAGGAGAUACCUAUAAGCCAUGAUAGACUGCGUCAUCUUCAUCUUACUAAAUGUCGUGUUAUACGCAUAUCUGUUAGAUGUCCACAACUUGAAACAUUGUCUUUGAAGCGCAGUAACAUGGCACAGGCUGUUCUUAAUUGCCCUCUUCUCCAUGACCUGGAUAUAGGCUCUUGCCACAAGCUCUCAGAUGCUGCAAUUCGCUCAGCAGCUAUUUCGUGCCCACAAUUGGAAUCUCUUGACAUGUCUAAUUGUUCCUGUGUCAGUGAUGAGACAUUACGCGAAAUAGCCUCAGCCUGCCAGAAUCUCCAACUUCUGAAUGCAUCAUACUGCCCAAAUAUAUCUUUGGAGUCUGUAAGACUGUCGAUGCUGACGGUGCUUAAGCUUCACAGCUGUGAGGGCAUCACUUCAGCUUCAAUGACUGCAAUAUCUCAUAGUUAUAAGCUGAAGGUUUUGGAGCUUGAUAAUUGCAGUCUUUUGACUUCUGUGUCACUGGAUCUUCCAUGUUUGCAGAAUAUUAGACUGGUCCACUGCCGCAAAUUCUCUGAUUUGAGCUUACAGAGUGUUAAGUUAUCAUCCAUAAUGGUCUCUAAUUGUCCAGCACUUCACCGGAUCAACAUCACUUCCAAUUUACUUCAAAAAUUAAUGUUGAAGAAACAGGAGAGCUUGGCUAAGUUGGCUUUGCAGUGUCCCGGUCUGCAAGAUGUGGACCUCACAGACUGCGAAUCUCUAACAAAUUCUGUUUGUGAGGUUUUUAGUGAUGGUGGUGGAUGUCCUAUGUUGAAAUCACUUGUUCUUGAUAACUGCGAGAGUUUAACUGCUGUUCGAUUCUGUAGUAGUUCUUUAGGAAGUCUUUCCCUUGUUGGUUGCCGGGCGAUCACUUCACUCGAACUUAAAUGCCCUAAUCUCGAACAAGUUUCUCUUGAUGGCUGCGAUCAUCUAGAAAGAGCAUCAUUUUCCCCUGUUGGUCUGCGGUCACUAAACCUUGGAAUUUGUCCAAAAUUGACUGAAUUAAGACUUGAGGCUCCUCGUAUGGAUUUACUCGAGUUGAAAGGUUGUGGUGGAUUGUCUGAGGCAGCCAUCAAUUGUCCACGUCUAACAUCAUUGGAUGCUUCCUUUUGUGGUCAACUGAAAGAUGAGUGCUUGUCUGCAACUACUGCCUCGUGUCCACAGAUUGAGUCACUAAUACUGAUGUCAUGUCCUUCGGUUGGUUCAGAGGGACUUUACUCUUUGCGAUGCCUUCUGAAGUUGGUUGUGCUUGAUUUAUCAUAUACCUUUUUGAUGAGUUUGCAGCCAGUCUUCGAGUCUUGUGUACAACUAAAGGUAUUGAAACUACAAGCAUGCAAAUAUUUAACCGACUCAUCGCUGGAGCCCCUUUAUAAGGAAGGUGCUCUUCCAGCUCUUCAGGAGUUAGACUUAUCUUACGGGUCACUUUGUCAAUCUGCCAUUGAGGAACUUCUUGCUUGUUGCACACACCUGACUCAUGUGAGCUUAAAUGGCUGUGUGAACAUGCAUGAUCUAAACUGGGGUUGUAGCACUGGACAUCUUUCUUUGUCCGGCAUCCCGCUUCCUCUUGGUCAGGCCACUAUUGACGAUAUUGAGGAACCGGUUGCACAGCCGAACCGUUUAUUACAGAAUCUUAACUGUGUAGGUUGUCAGAGUAUUAGGAAAGUUCUCAUUCCUCCAGCAGCACGCUGUCUCCAUUUAUCAUCAUUGAACCUAUCUCUGUCUUCAAAUCUCAAAGAAGUCGACGUUUCUUGUCUCAAUCUAUGCUUUCUUAAUUUGAGUAAUUGUUGCUCUCUGGAAGUUUUGAGACUUGACUGCCCGAGACUGACCAGUCUCUUUCUCCAGUCUUGCAACAUUGAGGAAGAAGCAGUUGAAGCCGCGAUAUCGAAAUGUAGUAUGCUCGAGACACUAGACGUCCGCUUUUGUCCGAAGAUCUCGUCGAUUAGCAUGGUACAACUGCGUAUUGCUUGCCCGAGUUUGAAGCGGAUCUUCAGCAGUCUGUCUCCAACGUGACUAACUCUUCUUUUCCCUAAAAAUUUUCCUCCCACUUGUUAAUUUCAAGUCUUCAGAGACGACCCGUCACUUUACGUAUAUGAUGGUGUUGAAAAUUCUGUCAACUUCCGUUUGCUUGGGGUAUAUAGUUAGCUUUUAUGUUUGGGACACCUUUAAAAAUAAGUUAUCUUUGUCUAUAUUGCUACCAACCAGCUAAGUUAAGUUAGCCUUUCCAUCUAUUUAAUUCAGUUUUGCAGUGUCUAUGAGAGAGAUUAAGAAUGAAUGAUUGAGAAUACGUUAUUAUUUUCAGUAUCUGUUGAUACAAUCAAUUUCUUCCUUAUCUUAA